GUUUUUAUUUUGACAGAUAUGAUGUCAGAUGAUUAAAUCUUGUCAAUUUCAAAAUUUCUAUCACAAAAAUGAAAUAUUAAUCGAUCGACCAUCAUCGACUCCAAACUUGUGUAAAAGUAAAAUUGUGUACUGUUAACUGAACACCAGUGUGAAAUAUGAAUUUUGAAAUUUAAGUAUAAAAUUAUUGUUUUAAGUGUUUUAUAAUUCGAUCACAUAAAGGCCUAUCGGGUUUAUAAAAAUAAUCUCAUUUAAAUACUUUUUAAAAUUAUUUAAUUUAUAUAUUCAAUAUGGACCGAUUCGAAUAUGCUAGGCCUGAUCCAGCCGAGACUGUUUUAUGGCGUCAUAGCAAUAUUACUUUGUACGAUGGCAAUUACAAAACUUCGUUUCAUCGUGGUAAUAUCAUCUUAACAGCCACACGUCUUUAUUGGAUGUCUGGCGAUGCGUGGUUGUCGUUACAGCUUCGGUACAUAGUAUAUAUUGAAUCUACAGUUACUGACACUUUAUUUGGUUCGAAAACUAAAACCAUUCUUGUUCAUUUAUUACCCUCUGAUAAUGAAAAUCCAGGCCCUGUGUCUUGUGCCAAAGGCGAAUAUAUCAAACUUGAUUUUAAGGAUAAAAUUCCGGAUGGUUUUUUUGAUAUAUUUCAGAAGACUGUUGAAGAAAAAAAGUGGUCUAUUAACAAGACUGUUAAUCGACAAAUUCGAACAGGAAUUGGAGGGAUUGAAAAAAAUAUUUAUGAAAAACAAAAAGCAUCUGAUAUUAGUAUAACAGAUGCUUUUAAAGACUUAGACAGACUUAUGGUUACAGCUAAAGAUAUGGUAGCAUUAAGUAAAAAUAUUUCUGAAAAAAUUAAAGAAAAACAAGGAGGUAUUAGUGAUGAUGAAACAGUGCGUUUCAAGUCUUAUCUUUUAGGUCUUGGUGUUGAUGACCCAGUUACUAGAUCAUCAUUCACUGAUUCAAAUGCAUAUUAUACAACACUAUGUAAAGAAAUAAUCAAAAUUAUUCAUAUUUCAUUAGAAGAAGUUGGUGGUACAAUGGCUCUCGCAGAGGUUUAUUGUCGGGUAAAUAGGGCUAGAGGAUUAGAUCUUUUAUCACCUGAAGAUUUAAUGCAUGCAUGUUAUAUGAUGAAUACUGAUCAAUCAUCGCCUGUUAAACUAAGAAAAUUUGACAGUGGAGUAUUAGCUUUACAGUCAUCUUUAUGUGACGAAUCUGUUGUAUUGAAAAAAACUGUUGAAGCAUUACAAAAAAACGGAUCAUUAAGUGCUCAAGAAUUGUCAACAUUAAUUGGAGUACCAGUUGUAUUAGCUAAAGAGUAUUUGUUAUCUGCUGAAAAACAUGGCAAGUCAUGUCGAGAUGAAAGUAUUGAAGGUUUAAGAUUUUAUCUUAAUAAAUUUGUAGAUGAAAACAUGUAAAAUAAUAAUUUCUAAAAAUUGUUGAUCAAUAAUAAUAUAUU